AUGGUAGAAGAGUUGGUGCAGAAUACAGAUUCACCUUUUACACCCGAAGUCAUGGAGCUGCUUCUUCCACGGAAGUUCAAAAUGCCCCAGUUAGAGACGUUCAAUGGCUCCGCGGAUCCAUUGGAUCAUUUAGAAACAUACAAAUCUCUAAUGCAUCUACAAGUGGUACCAGAUGAAAUGAUGUGCCAGGCAUUCCAAGUCGCCCUCAAGGGAAGUGCACGAGCAUGGUUCAACAAGCUCCCACCGGGAAGCAUACGUAGCUUUAAAGAGCUUAGCACAAGCUUUGUAAGCUACUUCAUCGCUGGGACAGUUUCUAUACCUCUUAUCUCAAGAACUGCCCAAAACUCUGGUAGAGCUUAUGCUCAGAAGCACAUGAAUGCAAAAGAAGUUAUUUACGCAAGACGUUCACGUGACGGAUUUGAUCCUCAAACAGGACCAUCACAGGUUGGCGAAUUCCCUCCAGCAGAUAAAAGGAGGAGACAAGCUGCCCGCAAGACGGGAGGCAAACCAAAGAAUAAGACGGUGGACUCAAGAUCUUCCUCGAGGCGGAGAGGAACUGGAGGUCCACCCCAAGGCAGGAGAGCUAAGGACAAGUACUGCAAAUUCCACAAGGACCAUGGCCACAACACGAAUGAUUGUAUUAACCUAAAGCAGCAGAUCGAGGAUCUGAUCCAAAGAGGGAGACUUCAACAUUUUGUAACGAAGAAGUAUCAAAAACAACCUAGAAGGGAAGAUACAAGCAAGGAAGGUAGAUAUGGCACAAUACCCCGCUCAGGUCCCAAUGGAGAGAUCAAGGUCAUCCACGGAGGAUUUGCUGGACGUGGAGAGUCAGGCAAUGCCAGGAAAGCUCACCUAAGGAAGCUAAGAACAGAGGAACAUUUGGAAGUCAACACAGUUGGCCGUCCAAGCAAAUUUCAGAAAAAGGAGGAAAUACCUAUUAUUUUCUCUGAAGAAGACAUCAAGGGAGUUCAGAUCCCUCAUUAUGACCCCCUGGUUAUAACCAAUGUCAUGGCAAACUACCUCACACGCAGAGUACUGAUUGACAGCGGAAGCUCAGUCGAUAUCCUCUACCUCCUCGCGUAUGACCAACUAAAGGUUGGACGAGAAAGGCUAAGGCCUAUGACAUCACCAUUAUUUGGAUUUGCAGAAGGAAUUGGUUGCAUAAGGGGAGUCCAGAAAGCAUCACGAGAAUGUUAUGUCACCUCACUUAGAGGUGCUAACACCACAAUGAGCAUAAAAAGUCUUGAUACACGAGAUGAAGAAAGGCUCCAACAUGGAGAACCCGUGGAAGAGCUAACUGAAGAACCCCUAGAGCCAGGACUAAAGGGAAAAACAGUAAGGAUUGGCAUUGGAUUGAGCCCAGAAGCACGAGCUGAGCUGCUGUAG